AUGUCAUCCCAACAAUAUUGUGAAGCACAUUACAAAGUAAGUAGAGCUCUUAAUACUGCUACUACCACCAUUAAUGAUAUGAUCGUAAAUGCAGUUGAUAAAGUUCACAAGUUUGCUGAAAAUCACCCCACUACUACAAAGGUUGUUAGCCAUUCAGUUGUAGCGGUGGUUAGUGUUGUCGCUACUAAGGCCACUAUUUGUAAAUGUAUUACCAAUUGCAAUUGUGGGUAG